AUGAUUCUCACAUGCACAGGUGACCCGGCCACAUGUAACCACUGCUUAGAAAAUGACUUAGCAACUUGCGAUUCCAAUCAACAACAAAUAAGCUGCUCUAACGACACCUUUCCGAACCUUGGUACCACCCAUUGCUACACAGCUGCAGCGAGAUACUUGGAAGGAGGAAACAUAAGUUCAGGAGUCGCAAGAGGCUGUGGAAACUGCACUGGUUAGUGCCAAUAUUUACGCCCGAUAUUUAACCAUAAACAACACAUUUUUUUAAAAAAGAAAGAUGAAAAACUCUUCAGCAGCUCUCGGCGAUGAUGUAUUGUUUUCCAGCACCAAUGUAUUUUGCACAAUGAAAUUACAGCCAAUUAUUUCCCAUUUCAUGCUCUCUGUGUCCCUCACAUUCUUUGUUUCUAAUAAUUAACUUGACAUAUUCAAUACACGGUCAAUGAGUAAAAACGUUGAAUAGGCGUAAAAUCCGUUUUAAUAACGGCCUUCAACUUUUUUUUUACAGGAAACACUGGCCUACAGUUUAAAACGGCCUUCGACCAGUUCUUUAGUAAUGAGACCGUGGACCUCAGUUCAUUUGACAUUCAGUGUUGUCAAGCUAACGGCUGCAAUAACCAGAGUGUUGUUCCUCUGCCUUCUCCCACAGUUGCUCCGUCAGCUUCCACCAACCCCACCGUAAAGCUGACGAGUAGCACCAACAUCACCCCUAGCAGCCACGCCUGCCGAUUUUACCCCUUCACCGGAAUACUUGCCUCUGUAUUCAUUGCCCUGAAUGUGUCUUUGAAAAAUCUGUAG